AUGACCCGCACCAAGCCCGUCGUCAUCGGACUCUACGGGGUCCCCGGCUGCGGCAAAUCGACGCUGCUGCGCGAGCUGAAGCGCAAACUCGGCGAGACGCAGAAAUUCUCCUUUUACGAAGGAUCGGACAUGAUCGCCUCCCUGGUGCCCGGCGGACUGGCUGAGUUCAAGCAAGCCGACGACCAGGUCAAAGCACACUAUCGUCAGUGCGCCAUCAAAGCCAUCGGCGAACAGAGCUGCAGCAGCGGACUGGCGGCUGUUGUCACCGGCCACUUGAUGUUUUGGGACGAGGAUAAUGAUUACCUGACAGAGAUGGUAUACACGCAGAGCGACCUGGACACGUACACGCACAUCGUGUACGUCAACCCGGCUCCGGAGCUUGUCGUCCAGUGGCGCCAGGGGGACCUCUCACGGAACCGUCCGCCUGUUUCGGCCGAGCACAUCCGCAAGUGGCAGCAGUUCGAGAAGGCCGAACUCCGACGUCUCUGCAGGGAUAACGGGAUCCUGUUCAUCUCGGUACCUGACGCUGAGACGGUCCUGGACAGAGUGGCCGCCUUGCUGCUUGACUUCGAGCGUCACACCGAGGGCCACAAUCUCGACAAAGCCGUGGACAUGCUCCGCAGCGUCCUGGAUCGCCAUCGAGAGAAGAAGAUGCAGACCACACUGGUCCUGGACGGUGAUAGGACGCUUGCACCGGUAGACACCGGUCCGCUGUUCUGGAAGCUCGCUGCGAAGGGGACCGCCCCGGUUGAAGAAGACGACAUUUCCUUGAAGACGCUGUUCAGCAGCCCAUUGGGGUACACAUACACUGCCUUCCGCCAGGCAACCUUCCUGUACGAAGAACAUGUUCCCCGCGAGGACAACUUCAACCGCAUGUGCGAUGAGGCAGCGUCGUUUGUCCGGCUCUACCCGGAAAUGGUUACCCUCUUGAAGCAUGCGGAGAAGCACAGCCAGCAUGUUGCGGUGGUUGUGGUGACCUGUGGUCUGCGUCGCGUCUGGGAAUCCGCGUUGGCGAGGGCCGGCCUCUCAGACACUGUCCAAGUAAUCGGUGGUGGCCGCCUCUCGGACGGUUUUGUUGUCACUGCUGAAGUCAAAGCGGCUUUGGUGGUCCGUCUGCGCGAGGAGUACGCCUCGUACGUCUGGGUCUUCGGAGACAGCCCCCUGGACCUGCCCAUGAUGCAGGAAGCGCAUCAAGCAGUCGUCGUCGUGGGCAAAGAGCAAACCCGGAGCAAGACGAUGGAGGAGCGGCUGCAGCAUGCUAUCAUGGUCGAUGGCCUCCGCGCCCGCCAGGCACUGCUGCCUCCCACCGCACCGCCUCGAUUGGACACGGCCAGGCUCCCUGUGGUGCGGAUCGCCGAUGACGAGUUCCUCGCCGCCGUCGUGCGUCCGCGCAGUACCAACGAUCGCAUUCUGCAUGCCACGGCUCGCAGCGCGGCAAAGCUGUUGAUGACACCGACCCGCGACGCAAGUAUUGCCGGUCCCGCUCUGAGGAAGGCCCAUGCAAAAGUUGGGUGGUAUCUGGCAACGGAACUGCUACCGGAUGUACUUGAGACGGAAGAGUAUAGCAUCCCCCAUGUCCAGGGGCACACCACCAGCGGACAUCGCAUCUCGAACGAAAACAAGGCGACCAUCAUCGCCCUGAUGCGCGGCGGCGAGCCCAUGGCCCUGGGUGUCAAUGACGCCCUCCCGACCGCCAUGUUUGUCCAUGCCAAGAAGCCGGGCGAUGUCAAGGCCGAGCAUGUCAAGGGCCAGUGGGCGAUCCUACUGGUCGACUCCGUGGUGAACAGCGGGGAGUCGAUGGUGGAGUUCGUCCGGCGGAUCCGGAGCCUCGAUGCGACUGUCCCCAUCGUGUGUGUUGCCGGCGUUGUCCAGGCCCUGUCGGUUCACUCUUCUCAAUACCUCGGCCGGGACCUGGAGGCGGAUAAAGCGCUGAGCUUGGUUGCUCUUCGUCUUUCGGACAACAAGUUCACGGGUCAGGGGGGCACUGAUACGGGGAAUCGUUUGUUUAACACGACCAAGAUCGACUGA